GCUGCUCUAGCUCCGCCUGCCACAUCACUAGCAUGGCGGAACAAGAAGCAGGAAUUCCGACUAUGCGCGGAUGACAGCGGGUAACACCGGUGAUGGCCAUCCCAUAGCAACACAGGUCUGUUGCCCAGCGACGAGCCGUGACACUUCGGGCCAGCUAGCUACCUGUGACCAGCCGGACAGCAGCCACACAGCCACCGGUUUGUGGCAGACUUCAGAAACAGCAUUUGAAGCCAAGUGUUGUUUUUUUACGCUGAUUCUCGGAGCUGCACCAGUGCCUUUUUUUUUUUUUUUAAACUCCGGGUCCUCGCUGGGAUGAACUAGAAUAGUUGCUGCUGCAAAACUGCCUCAUGAACGAAACUAUGGACCUAUUUGGGUUGCUGUUUCUGGACGACCUGUCCCACGGACUAGCAAGCCUGUCCAUGUUUCCCUACUUUGACAUGGCGCACUACAUCGUGUCAGUCAUGGCUCUGAGGGAGCAGCCAGGAGCUCUGGAGGUGUCCAGGGUCAGCCCCUUGGCCUGCUGGUUCAGCUCCAUGCUCUACUGUUUUGGUGGGGCAGUGCUGUCGGGGAUCAUGCUGGCCGAGCCUCCAGUGGCCCCUCUGUCCAACGGCACCGGCGUUCUGCUGGCUUCCAUCAUCUGGUACCUUGUCUUCUACUGCCCCAUGGAUGUGGUGUACUGUUGUGCAGCCCUGCUGCCGCUCAGGCUGGUCUUAUCAGGAAUGAAGGAAGUGACCAGGACAUGGAAGGUGCUCGGAGGGGUCACUCAGGCACACAAAAGAUACAAAGACAGUCUGCUGGUCAUGAUUGCCAUCGGCUGGGCGAGAGGUGCCGGAGGUGGUCUCAUAAGUAAUUUUGAGCAGCUUGUUCGGGGCGUGUGGAAGCCAGAAACCAACGAGCUCCUCAAAAUGUCUUACCCCACAAAGAUCACACUGAUAGGGGCUGUGCUGUUCGCUCUGCAGCAGAGCCACUAUCUGCCCCUCCAGAAGCACCACCUGAUGCUGCUCUACACCAUCUUCAUUGUCGUCAAUAAGUCACGGAUGAUGCUGACGGGCUCGUCUUCCUCACCAUUCGCCCCCAUCGAGUCCGUCCUCUACAAGACCCUCUUUAUGGGAAACUCCCCCUAUGCUGCUCUCACAGGCGAGGAAAAGAAAGGGUGUGCUGAUGAGGACGGGGCAAAAAGGUCCUCCUCCUCCAGCGUAACCAAAGACUCCAUUGGGUAUUCGUCAUCAGGGCAGCAGAAGCCAAUUUCUCCUGCUGAGGGACAAAACAGCUCACUCAAAGCCAAAGAGGAGCCAGAGAACGCAGAGCCACUGAGCUCCAAAAAAGACAACUAAUGGGCCUUCCACUUAUUACAGCUUAAGUCAUUUGUGAUUCACAUCUGUCACAUCUAAGUUGGCCUAAAUUUUGCUUUAGGUUUUCUUGUCUUAAGGAACCUUUUUAUAGCCUUGUGGCUGGAAGGCAUUCUUUUUUCUUCAAGCUUUUUUAAUUUCAUAUAAUUUCAAGAUGACUGCGAAUGAUCAUUUCAAUUAGAGGUGAAUGGAACUGCACCUUAUUCUGGGAUAAUCACCUCAAUCAUUAAAGAACUGUGAGCUUUAUGCUGCUGGAGGCCAACAUAGCGAGAUCCUUUAGCUGAAUUCACACAAGCUGUACAAAUCGUAGCUUCAAUAAAUUAAAAAAAAGAGUAUUUAUUUUUAAAACAAACAGCCAAUUAAACGUCAUAUUCAGGGUUUUGGGACCAGUGCUGUGCGCCUGCAAAUAUCGGAAUGUAUCAAACUCUUUCUGUAUUUAUUGUGCUUGUUGUAAAAGCUAUAUUUCUAUUCUGAUAAUACUUUUUUUAAUGAAAAUUGUAUUGAAUAACAUUCAGAUAUUUUAUAAUAUUUAUACUACUGUCUUGAAUGUAAAAUACUUAGAAAUGGAAUGCAACUGUAUUGUAAAUGAAUGCCUUGAAUGCGACCAGAGAGUAUGAGAAUAAAGAGCUUAAAAUCUGC